CGCGUCGACGCGUACUCUUUUCACAAAAUCACUCAUUGGCCCUGCAAUGCUUUACGACGAGGACACCGAAAUGGUGGAUGUUAACGCCAUACCUACCUCUGUCAAGGGCAAGGGCAAGGCUGUCGGUAGCGACGCCGGGCCUUAUGACAAUGACAACCUGCCAUGGGUGGAAAAGUACCGCCCGGUUACUUUGAGUGACGUUGUCUCGCACAAGGACAUAACCAGCACUAUCGAAAAAUUCAUCGAAAAGAAUCGUCUACCUCAUCUUUUGUUCUAUGGACCCCCUGGCACCGGCAAGACAUCCACUAUAUUAGCAGUCGCACGUCGUAUAUAUGGGCCUGACUAUCGGAAACAAAUCCUGGAACUCAACGCGUCAGAUGAACGUGGUAUUGACGUUGUCCGCGAGCAGAUCAAACAGUUCGCGGAGACGCGUACUCUGUUCUCUAAGGGCUACAAGCUUAUUGUUCUUGACGAGGCAGACAUGAUGACCCAAGCAGCCCAAGCAGCCCUUCGUCGAGUAAUUGAACAGUAUACCAAGAACGUCCGAUUCUGCAUCAUUUGCAACUACGUCAACAAGAUUGCACCAGCUAUUCAGAGUCGUUGUACGCGCUUUCGAUUUUCGCCUCUUCCUAUAGAUCAGGUACAGAAGAGAUUGAUGACAGUGGUGGAGGCCGAGAAAGUUCAUCUUACAGAUGACGGCAAGAAGGCUCUGCUAAAGCUUUCAAAGGGGGACAUGCGUAGGGCACUCAAUGUUUUACAGGCGUGUCAUGCAGCCUAUGACAUUAUCAGUGAAACCGAAAUCUACAACUGUACUGGGAGUCCACAUCCCGCUGACGUCGAAACCAUUGUAAAAUCUAUGCUCUCCGAUGAAUUCACGACUUCUUAUCAAAUGAUUUCUGCGAUGAAAAUUGAGCGAGGAUUGGCGUUGCAGGACCUCAUUACUGGAGCUUAUGAGUUCAUUGAGGGCAUCGAUUUGAAGCCAACUGCUCGUAUCUAUCUCCUUGAUCAUCUCGCAACAACAGAGCAUCGCUUGUCCACUGGUGGAAGCGAAAAGAUACAGCUGACGGCGCUCCUCAGUGCUUUCAAGAAUGCGGUAGAGUUGUCGGCCAAGUAACAAUGCUUACUUACCAUUCCCAUAAAUAUUUUCAUCAUGCAAUAAAGAUAAUCAGUACUAUGACAGAAUAUUCUUUCCGCGAUUUACAUAGCUGGC